AUGAGCAGGUUAUUUAGGAAGGUCCAAGCGGCCCAAGAUUCGCUUUCGGACGAUGCCCUUAUGCCUCUCAAGAGCUAUAAAUACUCCAGCGUGGACAAGUCGUUCAUCUCGAGAUAUGUGUUGAGACACUAUUGGAAUGCAUUCGUCGAAGUGCUGCCGCUUUGGUUGGCUCCUAACAUGGUUACUCUUCUGGGGUUCUUCUUCAUUAUCGGAAACGUGCUCCUUAUUGAAAUCUAUACGCCCGACCUUGUGGGACCGGGUCCUUCCUGGCUAUAUUACAGCUUUGCACUAGGCAUGUGGAUGUAUUCCACUUUGGACAAUGUCGAUGGUAAACAAGCACGCCGGACAGGUACAUCUAGCGGUUUGGGAGAGCUUUUCGACCACGGAAUUGACUCGCUCAAUUGCACCAUGGCCAGUCUGUUGGAAACUGCGGCAAUGGGCUUCGGCUCAACACAACUUGGUGCAUGGACGGCCCUAGUUCCUUGCUUGGCGAUGUACUUUUCGACGUGGGAAACCUAUCACACACAUACGCUGUAUCUGGGCUACUUCAACGGACCUACUGAAGGUCUCCUUAUCGCCAUCGCGAUCAUGAUUGCUUCUGGAAUCUAUGGCCCCCAAAUUUGGUCCCGUCCCAUCACCGACCUACUGCCUUAUCCGCAAAUCUUUGGAAACAACUCCGUGAAGGACCUUUGGAUUCCAAUCCUACUCGCCGGUUUCUUCCUGGGGCACCUUCCAGGCUGCAUUUGUAAUGUGAUUGAUGCUCGGAAGAAGCAGAAUCUGCCUCUGAAGCCUCUUUUCAAGGAAAUUCUCCCGAUGGUCGUGUUUACUGUCUGCAACAUUGCUUGGCUAUUCUCGCCAUACUCUUCGCUGUUGGCCGACGACCGGUUGGUUCUGUACUGCACAACAAUCUCAUUUGUCUUUGGGCGUAUGACCACCAAGAUUAUCCUCGCCCACUUGCUGCGCCAGCCGUUCCCAUUCUGGACGGUGCUCCUUACUCCGCUCGUUGGCGGUGCUGUUCUCGUUAACUUGCCACUGAUUGGCCUUCCCGCGAUCGGUGCGUGGAUGGAGGUGUUUUACCUCCGUGCUUAUCUCUUAUUCGCCUUUGUCUUGUACAUGUACUGGGCGUUCUUGGUCAUCAACAGGAUUACUACGUUUCUAGGAAUCAACUGUUUAACGAUCCGGAAGGAUAAGUCUGCCGCCAGGGAGAGAGCGUACCACGAACUUGCAGAACUUAGAUCGGAGGAACCCGGAUUGAAGAAUCAUUGA